AUGUGUGACGAUUGUCGUCGAGCAGAGGCGAAAGAUUUCUGGCGAGCUUGCGUCCAGGUCAGGCAAAAAGCCGAAUUUAAAAAGACUCUUUUCUACCUCGAGCAGCUUCUCCUCAAGCAUAGUGCUCACAGUCAGUGUACAGGGGUAAAGCCUGUUCCAACCGGAAUUGACUUCUUCUUCGCCAAACUCCAGGAUGCUAGGAAAUUCGUUGACUUUCUGAUGGCAGUUUUACCUUGCAGAUACCACUAUGCUCAGGAACUGGUGUCACAUGACACGAAGAAUAACACUUACGAUUAUAAGCACACUUUCUGCGUGGAAAUCGUUCACAUAUGCAGGGAUAACAUAGUGUGUAUGCCGAAAAAAGUUGCUCAGCAUCUUGGUAAUAUGAGUCAGAUCGCAAUCUGUCUCCGUGUAUCUAAUGUUAUUACUCUCAUUGAUCCAAGUAACCUGCAAAUGGCAGAUAUACAAGCAACGUCGUUUUGGCGGGAUCCGUUCGAUUCACUCUGCACCCCUAAACAGUUGUCCGAGUUCUACGUGCUUGGACGUGAGAAGAUGGUUGACAAAUUUGGACCAGAAAGGUUGGCCAUGGUUUGUAUCAGCAAGAAGCAUGUUCUGGCAGACGUAUGGCUUGUGAGGAGCCACCAGGAGAUCAACUGUAGGCUUCGAAUUUCAGGUUGGCAUGUCCGAUGCACAAACCGGUCUAAAGCGUCAACACUAGGACAUUUAUUGAAUCCUGGAGACCUCGUCAUGGCGUUCGAUAUUCGCAACUGUAAUGUGAAUAAUAGCGUGUUCGAUGAAAUGAAGCCGGAAGAUAUUCCAGACGUCGUCAUAGUGAAAAAGGUAUACGAUCGCGCUCGACGAGUUGCGCACCGAAAAUGGAAGCUGAAACGAUUGGUUGUGGAUGGCAAUAUUGUUGGUAACGAGACUGAAAGUGUUGCGGACGAGUUUCAACGGUUUAUGGAAGAUGUGGAAGAAGAUCCUUACAUACGUGAAAGAAUCAACAUCUACAAGGAUGAGGAACGGAUUAAAACCAAGCACGAUUUUGAUAGCGACGAAUGA